AUGGUGUCGGACGAGGGGGCACUGUCCAAACAGCUCGAUCGGGAAGGGGUCAAAGGCAAAGUCGGCCGACGAGCUGCUCGGGUCGGGGAGCGUCGUUGGCAGCGCAUCGUUGGAGGGCGGAAAGAGGGGGAACGACAGCGGCUGCAGAAACAAGCUGUCGACCCCGAGACGGUCGGUGGAUGUGACUGCCCUUCGUCGUUUGAUCCGUCAAUCGACCUGGCCGAGCUCGAGUCCGUCACGGGCGGCGACGGCGCAAAAGCAAAACGGCGCGCCUCGCUCGACUCCCGUGCCUCGCGUGGACCCCUCGAUGCUCUGGAGGACUCCUCCCGCAGGUCGCCGCGCUGCUUCCGCGGCCGUCCCGGGAUGCCCUUGUCCUGGUAG